AUGAAAAACCAAUUGGAUAUAAUCUCACAAAGAAUUGGGAAAACUAAUAAAAGUAUAGAUUUAAGAUUGGACUUGUCGAGAGCUGAAGAUUGUAACGCUUUAGAUCUCAAUAACUUACCUGAUGAUCCUUCAAGAGAUUUUUUCCCAUUCUUCGAAGAAGGCUCUUCUUCCUCUUCUUCUUCUGGAGGGUUUGGAGUGUUUGGAGAGAAGCAAAGCAAAGAUGGAAAAGAAUAUGAAUGUAGAUUUUGUUCACUCAAGUUCUUCAAAUCUCAAGCUCUCGGUGGCCACAUGAACCGCCACCGCCAAGGCAAGAACCCCUUCUUCUAUAGAAUAUGUCUAUAUACAUGUAGAGGGAGACGGAGUCACUUAACAAAGCUCGUGAACUUGUUCUUCGCAACGAUACCUUUCCUCCUCAUCAAGGACCUCCCUCGUUUAGUUACCAUCAAGGAGAUGUGCAUAGAGGAGACCUGA